CUUACUACUGUGGUACUGCUACUUCUACAGACGCAGUCACAGCCGCAGCCGCAGCCGCCGCCGCUCGCCUUUCAUCUCAACCUUUUUUCCGCUUCUCCAGAAACUCUCUUUUCUCUUCCCUCUUCCUCCCUCUCCCACUCAUCCUGUUGACUCAAGCAACAUCGUCUUCUCUUUCGAUUCCUUUGCUGGUUUGUCUCUUUUUCGAGUCGUGUCAUCUCUCCUGAGUCUUAUCGCUUAAAUUGUUGCAUUGCAAGUAAGGGCGUUGGAUAAGCAAUUUCACGUCGAGCCAUUUGCCUUCCAUUUCAACUGGCAGCUUUAGCACCACUUGCACUAUACCAAUUCUACCAUCGAAAUUCUGACCUGUCUCUUCUGCUUCUUCUCUUCUGGUCCUCUUGUCCUCUCCGAGCGUCUCCUGCUACCUCCAGCGCCUGCAAUCUCUUUCGAUCCCUCUCGAGUCCUCCCACCGUCCUGUUCGAGUUGCCUUCCGCGGUACUGCGCCUCCAACGCCCAUCCAGUUGCCAUCCAGUCGCGACCUCUCGAGCGACCGCCUUGCCGCCUUGCCUCUACUCCUUCAGCUUGUCCGCACAUUGGUCAUCUUCUGCUGCCUUUGCUGCCGCAGCUUCAUCUUUGCAGGGUUGGCUUUCAUCCACAUCGUGCUAGCCGUUCCUCCUCAGUUUUCCACGCCUCUCUUUUUUCGCCCGCUACCACGACCCGCCUCACGCCAUCCAUAUCCAGCUUAUCUCACUUGACCACCUGCACCACCGUGCACAGCCAAUCCCCGCAGUUGACCACGCACUUGGAUUCGACCACCCCGAUAUCCCCGCCUGGCGCGAGCAUCUAUUUUCUCCCUGCUUGAUCAAUCAAUCAAGGCAAAAUUCAACAUCAUGACAGAAAACGUCACACCGACAUCGCUGCCGUCCUCGCAACCUCCCGCUGCAUCUGCAGCUGGCGCUCCGGGGCACGAGUCUGCCGCAGCCAGCAACGGGCACACGGGCGCCUCGUUGUCAAUGGGUCCUCCCGCCUUGGCGCCGGUGGUAAUUCCACCCAACACCAAUCCUCUCCCCACAGCGGUGACUCCCGCUUCCGCUCUGUCGCCUACCUCUGCUGGUGGAGUGGUGCGCAGGGCUGCCCCCGAACCGAACAAGAGGGCUCUAUACGUGGGUGGACUCGACCCUCGAGUCACCGAAGAUGUGUUGAAACAAAUCUUCGAGACUACGGGCCAUGUCACCAGCGUCAAGGUGAUUCCGGAUAAGAAUUUCAAUUCCAAGGGCUUCAACUAUGGCUUUGUGGAAUAUGACGACCCCGGCGCGGCCGACCGUGCUAUGAACACCCUCAACGGUCGCCGAGUCCACCAGGCCGAGAUUCGAGUCAAUUGGGCUUACCAGUCCAACACCGCCAACAAGGAGGACACCUCGAACCACUUUCACAUCUUCGUUGGCGAUCUUAGUAAUGAGGUCAAUGACGAGGUUCUCAACCAAGCAUUUUCGGCGUUUGGGACCAUCUCCGAGGCACGGGUCAUGUGGGACAUGAAGACCGGGCGCUCGCGAGGCUAUGGGUUUGUGGCUUUUCGUGAUCGCAACGAGGCUGAAAAGGCGCUGGCGGCCAUGGAUGGUGAGUGGCUUGGGAGCCGUGCCAUUCGUUGCAACUGGGCAAAUCAAAAAGGCCAACCCUCAAUCUCGCAACAGCAAGCCAUGGCCGCCAUGGGCAUGACCCCCACCACGCCGUUCGGACAUCAUCAUUUCCCCACGCAAGGUGUGCAGUCAUUUGAUAUGGUGGUCAACCAGACUCCUAGCUGGCAGACGACUUGCUAUGUGGGUAAUCUGACACCAUACACCACACAAAACGAUCUGGUUCCACUCUUCCAGAACUUUGGCUAUGUGGUGGAAACCCGGUUCCAGUCCGACCGCGGAUUCGCAUUCAUCAAAAUGGACACGCAUGAGAAUGCCGCCAUGGCCAUCUGCCAACUGUCGGGCUACAACGUCAACGGCAGACCGUUGAAAUGUUCGGUGAGUGAGAGCCUGAGAAUGGGAUGACCGAUGGCGAGGGUAACUGACAAUAAGUGACAGUGGGGCAAGGAUCGUCCUCCCACAGGACAGUUCGAUGCGUAUUCCCCUCAAACAUCGCUUGGUUCUGCCACGACACCUAGCGCAUACAAUCCAGCAACGCCUUAUUUCUCCCAGUAUGGUGCGCACAACCCAAUCACGCCUCAAGGUCCUAGUCCCGGUGGUCGUGCGGUGUGGGACUCAAAUCAUCUGGCAAGUCCAUAUGCGCAGUCUCCACAAUCGGCCUAUCCUCAAAUGCCUCCAUCGGCGGGAGGUUAUGGUCGCGGGCAAAAUGGGCCAAGUGGUCUGUAUCAGCCUCAGUCAUAUCCCAGCAAUUAUCCCACCUAUCAAGGAUGAAAAGUUUUUGCAGAUUGUGUGUUUCCGAGCCAUGAAAUUGAUCUAGCGAUUGAGCGAGGCCAAGGCCUAGCCUAGCACAUGAGGGAUUGCUUGAGAGCGGUUAGAUGAUGCAAACGGAAGCGCAGCGCAGCGCAGUGGGCAUUCAUAUGGGAUCAACUUGAAUUUGUUAGUGAUUACUUGCUCAACUGAUUGAGUAACCAGCUGGAUACCCCUUCUGUCCAAUAUGCAGACUGUACGGAUUUUUGAGAAUGGAAUCAGCUAAUUGUCAUCAA